UAUCUUGGCUGAAUGGCUUACGAUGCUAAAUAGAAACUAAACGAUGUGAUAAGACUGUUCGAAACGGUGUGAUAGCAGUGCAAAUGUUAGUGAUAUCAGGUGCUGCUGAAACAGCUCCACGCCAAGGGCUAAGGGACACUGAUUUGUUCGACAAGCGUACUAGCAGCAGCAGCAGCAGCAGCAAAGAUGACAUCGAGCGACAAUGAAAAUACUGGCACCGAUGCGGCGUUUGAUCGGAUCAUGGAAUCGAUCGGCAAUGAUGGUCCAUUCCAGCGACGGUACAACAUCAUCUUUAACGUGAUCGCGGUACUGUUUUUUGCCAUGUGUGUGGUAAAUGUGUUGCUCGUGCUGGCCGUACCGAACCAUAGGUGUAGCAUUCCGAUCAACGGAACGCACAAUGAAACGAGACACGAACGAUGGAAGCAGUCCGUAUAUCCCAUGGAGUUCGACAGCCGCGGUAAUUAUGUGCCCAGCUCCUGUCAGAUGUACAAUGUGUCGUACGAGAACAUCACCAAUUUAUCGACAGUACCAUCAAACGAAACAACUACAGUGUCCUGCCAGUACGGGUACGAUUACGAUCGUACCUACUACGAUCGUACACCGGUCACGGAGCAGGAUUGGGUCUGUGAGCGAGAACUGUACGGUACGAAUGUGUUCGCCAUCGUGCGUGUAUCGGAAGUAUGUGGUACGUUCAUUCUCGGCCAGCUAGGUGAUCGCAUUGGACGACUUCCGGUGUACCUGUUCAGCAUAGUGACGGCAGCCGUGGGACGUGUGUUUGCCAUCUUUACCGCCCGCCAUUACUGGCUGUUUGCGGUGUUGGCAUUCAUCGGUAGCUUCUCCACCAACACCUCCUUCCAGUCACCGCUGAUCAUUGCGAUGGAAAUCUCAAAGGAUGCCAACCGUGCCGCCCUCUCGCUGUGGCAGCUGGUCGGAUGGACGGCGGGCGUAUGUCUGGCACCGCUCAUCCUCUGGGCGAUGCGUGACUGGACCUGGUUCAUGAUCGUCACCUCACUGCCCUGUUUGCUGUUCUACUGCUUCCCCCGGUACGCCAUCGAAUCGCCACGAUGGCUCGCUAGCCAGGGACGGUACGGGGCAUGUUUGGCCCAGCUGCGCAAAAUAGCCACCGUCAAUGGGCAACCGUUCGAGCUGAGCGAGGAACAGCUGAAGGAGCUUGUUCCGCGCCCCGAGCGGGAAAAAACCUACGGCAUCGCGUCCCUGUUCAGCGGAUGGCAUAUGAGCCGACUGACCUGUCUGCUGCUGCUCAGUUGGAUCUGCAACACCAUACCGACGUUCACGCUGUUCCUGCUCAGCCUGCAGAUGGGCGGCAAUCCGUUCCUGAACAACUUCUGGCAGGGUGCGGUCGAGCUGCCGGCCUACCUACUCGGUCAGCUGUGUUGCGAUCGACUCGGACGACGUUUCACCAACAGUGGCGCCUUUCUGGCUGCAACAAUCGCGUGCCUGCCGGUGGUGCUGCUAAUCCACCGACCAGGAACCGAACUGUACGUGACCAUGCUCGCGAUUGUGGUGAAAUUUUUCAUCUGCAUCACCUAUUUCGCACUGUACCUGCAGUCCGUCGAGCUAUAUCCGACCACACUCCGGCAAACUGGCACCUCGUUCGGUAUCAUCGUGUCCAACGUGUUCGGUGCUGCUGGACCGUACAUCGUCUACCUCGGCACUAGCCGCGACCUGCGGCUACCGUUCGUGGCGAUGGGACUGAUUAUGUUUGCCGGUGCGCUCAGUGCCCUCUUUCUACCCGAAACGCUACACCAAAAGCUACCGGAAACGAUGGACGAGGGUCGCCAGUUUGGACGUGAUCAACGGUUCUGGUCCGUCCCGAAACGUCCCCGCACCGGCGCUAGGGAACGUCCCAUCGAAACGGAACUGCAAGAGCUGGAAAAACUGCACAAACCUGCCUCGUAAUAAUCCCGCACCAUCGUACAAUCGUGUACUUUCAUCAACCGGCCCCCGGUUCGGACAUGGCGUCCCCGGAGAUACAUACCGUCCAUAAAGAUGAAGCGUCACGUGCUCGUUUGUGCCUGACGGGGCAGGUGGCCAGGAUCGGCAAGCGAGCGCGGGUGGGGAACAAAAUUUUGCGCGAAAAAUAUUUUAUUGUUACUUUUUUUUUUGGUAUAAUAAGGACCACCCACCAACUCCCAGUGGAACCAUGGCCACAGGAAUGGAAAAUUGUAUUCUCGUGUUUCUCGCGUCGGACCGAAGGAAAGAUUGAAGCGAAUGGGAGAAAAAAUACAGCUGCAACAGUGCGAUCGUGAAAAGGAAACAACAAAAAAUCAGCCUGGAAAUACUUUUCCGUUCCGUAGUGACUCGACACACCCGGACAGCGCGUUGUACCGUGAUGAAGACGCUUGGAAUGCUUUUCAAGUUACCCACCAAACUGGAUGGAGUUUGCUGCUUCCAGCUCGGUGCAUCGGGCAUGGGGAGAGUUCCCCCCUCAAAAAAAAAAAAAAGAAACGACUUCAACACAGCAUAACAACAGACUUUGAAUAAUUUACAUUCCACACGAGCGAAAAACCGGGAAGACUUGCCGCGCCGCGUAAAAAAAACACACACUCACCCCCAAAAACAGUGCCCUACAGUGCCCACAAGCGAGUCAGGGAUUUAGAGAACGUGAACUCAUCCACGGGACGUAGGGGGGUGUGUUUGCCCGUCCUCGGAACCACUACCAAUACGCGGGAUCCAAUCACACUCACCCGAAAGAGAACGCACGUUCGCAAAAGCGACAACCCGCAAAACUGCACCCGGGCGUAUCGUCCGGGUUGCGGGCAACAACACGGCAGAGCGCAGAAAUAAAUAACGGCAUAGAGGAUAAAAGUCCAACGGACAGCCAAAGCUGCCGGUUGCAAUGUGUUUGAGCUGCCACUAAUGCUACCGGUGGCAUCGCAUUUGGGUGCGCUUCCCGUAUGGAAACGAGCAACGUCUUAAGAAUCGUUCAUCUCAAGGACAUGCGAAGAUGUGUUUUUUUUCCACCAGCACUCCAU